AUGCACGCCAUCAAGACCAUUGUCGCCUUCAUGGCUGCCGCGGCUCAUGUUGUCUCGGGCUCUGCUCCCCCUAUGCCACUCAAGCUCACCGUCGAGAACCGAUGCGACUUCUCCAUCAGCUCGUGGCUUCUCAGCAACGUUUCGCAAAAAUGGUCGGUCGGCAAGACGGAGUCAAAGACGUGGAACUUUGAGCUUGGGGAGAAGGACCGCGACUUAGUCGAGCUUGAGAUGCUAGGCAACUCGGAGUCUCAUCUCAAGGAAGACGACGACCCUCGGUCCAACAGUACGCUGAAGCCGUUUCGGGCGGGUGUCUACUUCAACGUCAUGCCCCUGGAGGAGUCCCAUCCCACGUACACGAAGCCCGUGGAGAGGCCGCUCUACUAUGGCUUGGCCAACCUCUCCGGAAGGAGGCUUCUCAAGUCUGGGCAUAUCAACCUUGAGGACUCCGAGUCCAAGUGCCCCGAGAUUUAUACGCAGACUGGUCUGGAGAAGGACGCCCAGGUGGACGAGACCUGUAACACCACGGCCCCGCACUUUACUCUUGUACUUUGCGAGUGA